CUUUUUGUCUCGUCUUCGCUCCACAUCCCAUACCCCUCCUCGAUAAAUCCCACUUUUCCCCCCAAAAAUCGUUUUUGGCUGUGUUUGUGUAUUGUUUGCAUUAAAACAAACGGCGUCAAGCGUCGAGGUCGUCUGCCUUGGUUUUGGUAUUUUGUGAAAUAGUCUGCGUCAUUUUUGGCUGCAAGUGAAUAACAAAUUGCAAAAAGGGAAAAGGCAUCUAAAUUCAAAUCAAAUUGCAACGAUGGAAUCGGAUACGACGGAAAAAGAAAGUACGGCGGCAAGUCUAGAGACAACAACAACAACAACAACGGAAUUGCAGUUGCCGUUGCAAAGUGAAAGCGUUGUGGGUGGCGUGGAGGAGGGAGAGGCGACUCCACCGCCCAGCAAACGACUCAAGAAAGAGGACGAAAAGACGGAGACGGCGAGAGAGACAGAGACGGAUGAUGAGGCGCCACAAUUGAUUGGAGUGGAACGCGUGCAGAGCACACAGAGCAGUCUGAGGAAAUUCAGUCGGAUUCCGGUGUUCAUUGUGGACUACCACAACGAUGUGCUGGAGUUCAUCUAUCGCUGCCUGGCCACACGUCACCUGCCCCUGGAGCGCAAUGUCCUGGUGCACUUUGACUCCCAUCCGGAUUUGGUUGUCGCCCGGGAUAUUCCCGCCAGCGACAGCUACAACAAGGACACCAUGCUGAACGAGCUGAGCAUCGAGAACUGGAUAAUGCCUACUCUCUACGCAGGUCACUUUAAUCGCGUCGUCUGGCUGAAGAACUCCUGGUGCCAGCAGAUUCCCACUGGCAAGCACGAGUUCCACAUUGGCCACAAACAGGAUCGCAUUGGUGUCGACUGUCCGCUGGACUAUUUCAUGGCCGAGGGCAACUAUUGCACCAGCGAGGAGCUGCAAGAGUCCCGCUCCGUGCAGCUUCAGGUGCAUGAUGCCGACAGUGAUUCCCUGGAUCCCACACAAUUUUUAUCGGAGCAGGAUGCAGCGGGUUUUAUACUGGACAUUGACUUAGAUUUCUUCAGCACAUCGAAUCCGUUUCUGGAGAUCUAUAAGGAUGCCAACUGCUAUGCCCAGCUCACCGAGAUCUUUCACUUCGAGAGCGUGGAGCCGGCCAAAAAGGCGGGCACGGCAACCAUUGCGGACUACUGUGCCACGGCAGCGACGCGUCAGAAGCAGCUGGAUGCACUGAAGCGCAUCUUCUGGCACCUGGAGGAGCAGCGCAGCUUCGAUGGCCUGGAGAAACCAGACGAGACGGUCAUCACACCCGAUAUCUAUGCCAAAAUCGUCCAGCUGGCCGAGCAGCUGCAGGAAAAGUAUCCAGACGAUGAGAUCGACUGGCUGCUGAUCUUCGACUCGGGCAGCACCACGGACAACAAUGGAUUGCCGCAUCACAUCAGCACCAGCAAGGAGCUGGAGGAAUACUUUGCGCAUUUCAAGCGCUUCCUGCAGCGGCUGCCAGUGCCACCUGUGGCCAUAACCAUGGCGCACUCGGCCCAGGACGACUACUGUCCACAGGAUCAGGUGGCAUUCAUUGAGGAGCAGGUGCUGCGACUUUUACGCGAUGUAUUUGGUGACAAGCUCCACGAGAAGGCCAUUCUUCACUACAUGGAUGACCCUUGGGAUGUGAUGAAGCUCUAAGCACAAUUACAAUUACAAUAACUACAUAUAUAGAAAAGCUCGCUCGACUCUCGGGGAAUUCCCCUAAAAUAAUGCGGAAUAUGAAAAGUCUGGACUGUAACCGAAUUACGUUUAGUUUGAGCGACCUUAAAGUGAUUCCAAUUCCACAAUUGCAGCAAAUAUAUAAAAUAUAACUCCAUACUAAUUUAACAAAACUACUUAUUUUUAUUAUUAUAAACAUACAAGACGUAUUUAUUAUACAUACACACAUACAAUACAUAUUCAACAUUUAUACAAAGUCCCCUAAGCGUGAUUAUAAAUUUAUCGCAAUAAAAUAAAUGACAAUUAAAUCAAA